AUGCCUACUGUUAAUGUUGAUAAAGAAGAAUUCUAUAAAUGUCUUGGAAAACAAUAUUCAACUGAAGAAUUUCGUGAACUAUGUUUUGAAUUUGGAAUUGAACUUGAAGAAGAUACUUCAGAAAAGGAAAUGGCCCAAAAAGAAGUUGGUGCGGAGAAAGCUGAAGGAUUAUCUGAACGGUCUAUCUUGAAAAUAGAUAUUCCUGCUAAUAGAUAUGAUCUUCUUUGUCAUGAAGGUAUUUCAAAAGGAAUAUUAAUUUUUCAAGGAAAGUCAAAAAUGACAACAUAUAAACUGAUUGAACCAGAAAAUGGUAAAUCACAAAUCAUAAUAAAGCAAGAGACAGCUCAAAUUAGACCUCAUGUUGUUGCACCUUUUACUUAUGAAGCUCUUAAACCGAAUGAAAUUAAAUUUACCCCACUGAAUCAAACAAAAGAAAUGACUGGUGAAGAAGAAAUGAGAGUAGACAUAAUUACUAUUCCUUCCAUUGGUCAGGCAAAGAACAACCUAAAUUUAGCACUGGUGAUGCUUAAUGACGCAUUUAGAACCAAAGCCAUUAAAUAUGAUACUGAUCUUUAUGAUUGGUUAUUAUGCUCAAUCGCAUAUGGUGGUAAAAUUGAGGAUGCAUUAAAUGUUUUUGAGAAUAUGGAAAAAAAUCGAGUUGUUUCACCACUUACAUAUGGAUAUUUGGUUCGUUUAUAUGGUAGAGUUGGCGACAUAGAAUGUGCAUUAGAAUGUUAUCAAGAAUAUGUGAAAAAAUUGCCAUCAUACUAUAAAAAUAUGGUUCAGAAUCCAUUAGCCAUCUACAAUCACCUAAUAUAUGCUUACGUAAAUUGUAAUGAUUUCAAUGGUGCAGCAAAUGUGAUGGACAAUCUUAUUCCUCGGAAUAAUCUUAAACCAAAUGACUCAACGUACUAUACUAUUAUAAAGAGUUUAUGUGAAAAAGGGGAAAUUAAAUUAGCAGAAAAAUAUUUCAACAAAUUCAACGUUCAGCUGCAACAUACAUCAUCACCGUUAUUAUUAAAUAUCCACAAAUUAAAUGAACUUGUAGAGUCUUUAUUAAAUUCGGGUCGUGUCUUUGAUGACUACCUUACAAAAGAUAUAAUAAUGCAUUACUCAGAGGUCGAAAGCCCAUCAAAAACAUUAAAUAUUAUGGCAAGGAUUUUGUUUAAUUACCAAAAAUCCAUAAAUGGCAUAGAAAGAUUUUACCAUUAUAAAGAAUUAUUUGCUUAUUUAUUGAACAACAGCGAUGUUUCAUUAAACGAAGCAAUUGAUUUCAAAUUGAAGUUUUAUUAUUGUUCUUUCGAUAUAUCACCUAUUGUUAAUGAGAUUUUAAUCAAAAAAUAUAUUGCAUUAAAAAAACAAUCAAAACACUUUUCUCGAUUAAAAUCGCUCUCCGAAACACAAAUUUCUGGGCUAUUUGAUAGUUUUGGCUUUAAAUUACGUGAUGAUAAUAAAAAUGAAUCUAUUAAUGACCACAUUAAUGGAUUAUUGGAAUUGAUGGAUGAUUUUGUUGCAACUGGAGUUAUGGUCCCGUAUCAUACAAUUGAAAAAUACUCUGAUCCUCUGAAAGAAUUUGGCGAUGAAGAAGCUAUUAAAAAAUGGAACGAGUUAUGCUUGACAAUGACAAAAAUGUAUGAUAUGAAUAAAAAGGACAAUGAUGAUGUUGUUGUUGAAGCAGAUAAGAAAGAUAAAUCUGGCGAAAUAUUGAUGAUGGAGCGUAAUCCAACAACGGAAGAAAUAAAUCGAUCAUCAGAAUUGGCAAGUAUUUGUAGGGGUAACGAUAUUAAACCCGGUGUUAUCUUGACAGGAAUCAAACAGAUUCUUGAUGACAAUUUAUUGCCUACACCUGAGCUAGUAAGUCAAGCAAUUAGAAAUUUGGGAAAACAAAAUAAAUUAGAGGAGGCUCUAGAAAUAUAUAAACUUUUCUUGACUUUUUAUACUCAGUGGAACAAACAAGCUUUUAAGGUGCAUGAUGAAAUGAUCAAAAAAUGUUGGCAUCCUGAUGCAGAUGCAUAUGCUGAUCUUCUGGUGGUUGAAAAAGAGGCUGAUCCAUAUGACAUCACAACUGUUUUAAGUAUUUAUUCAGAAAUAAUAAAAUUUAAAAUCAGGCCGACGAUAUAUCUUUGUAAUGUUCUGAUAAGUAAAUUUGGAAAAGCACUUUGGGUUGACUUGGCACAAAAGAUAUACGAUGACAUGGAAAUAAAUCAAAUUCAGCCCACUGUUAUCACAUAUGGAGCUUUGCUUUCAGCUUAUACUAAAGCAAAAUAUGAGGAAAAGGCACUUGAAUUGUUUCGGCAGAUUGAAAAUAAAGCAGAUAUUCGAUUAAGAAUUGGACAAUACAACACCAUGAUGCAAUAUUAUAUUGCAGAUGUUCCUAGUAAAGAAAAGGUGCUUGAGUUUUAUCACAAAAGUCAACAAAGAAAUCUAGAGCCUAAUUCACACACAUAUAAAAUAUUAAUAGAUAUGCAUGCUACAAUUGAACCAUAUGAUAUGAAAUCAGCAUUAAAUGUUUUGGAAGAGAUGAAACAGAAAGACGUAAUAGUGCCUAAAGCUACACACUAUGCAUCAUUAAUAUAUGCGUAUGGAUAUUGUCAAAAGGAUUUAAAAAGCGCUUUAGAAGUGUUUCAUUCUCUGGAAUCAACGCACAGCAUUGCUCCUGAUGUAGAAAUUUUCAAAGCUUUAUUAGAUGCUUUAUUGGGUAAUGGGAAGAUCAAGGAAGCGGAAGAAUAUUAUAACAUGAUUUCUAAUGAAGCAAAUAUUAAAUCUUCAAGUAUCGACAAUCUAUUUAUUAAAAGUUAUGGGAAAUUAGGGCAAUUGGAAAAGGCAGAAAAGUUAUUUAACAGUAUGAGCGAUAUUUCAAGAGAACCAGGCACUUAUGAAGAAAUGAUUACAGCCUACAUUUCGAACGGAAAUAUUGAAAAGGCGAAAGGGAUUAUUAUUAAAAAAAUAAAUCUACCCUUAUAUUCCAGGCCCAACAUAUUGCAAUUCGAAGCUUGGCAUAAUCAGCAAGCUGUGGUAGGAAGUGAGAAUUGUUUUAAAAGAUUUAUACAACAAUUAAAUGAAAUUCAAGCUGAUCUCACUCAUAUUCCGAUGGUAUAUAAUUUUGCUUUAUGUACCCCCUCAACUUCUGCUUGGGCCAAAUUUUCAUCUAGCAUGACUUUUAACAGCCUGAAUAAAUGA